AUGAAACGCCGCGCUCGCUAUCCUUCUAAGCAGGAAACCCUUUCCAUCAAGUCAAAGCCUCUCGACAUACUUCCCAAUGUCUCUGAGGAGGAAGAAGGGCGACCCUCGUCCUUCGAAUCCACUACCUCGUUCCGUAGCUUCACGCUAGGACCACGCGUCUUCAGCAAGGACCCAGCGGAGCGCAAACGAGACUCGCGUCGUGUCGUCCUUACCGGCGCAGAAGGCCUCACAUUCGAAGACUUCUUUCCCGUGCCCGACACCCCUCCACGUCCCGCACCAGCGCCACCACUCUAUCAAACGGAAAAGCCCUCAGAAUCACCGCUCGAUGAGAUCAACCUCAGAUUUUCUGGCCUCGGCAUCGAGCUUGAUUUUCCAUCUCCACUCGCCGACGUCCUCAGCCUGCCCAAUCGUCAUCGGCAACAGUCGCCUAGCCCGUCCGUCUCGAGUACUGUGACAUCUGGCUCGUCCUCGAGCCGCUCCAGUGCGACUGGGAAGACACCCGUAACGCCGCUCACGUCAGAUGAUGAGUCUCGCCCGCACUUGUUGCGUGCUCCGACAUGCAAGUCGCAUCGCGCGUCCAUCAUCUACGCCAAGUCGAUGCCUGACAUCAACGCUUGCGUGUCUACGGGAGCCGAAUCUUACGAUGAGGUUGACUCGGAUGUGGAUUCUGACGCAGAGUGGUUUGCCCGCGACAUCAGCGAUGUGGUAACGCUCACAUCACCGCUGCCUCCUGCCUUCCCGAUAUCUGACUCACGCACUCGCCCCGACUCGAUGCUGCCGCCUCCGCAUCGUGGGCGGAGCAGAGACAGUAAGCCGCUCCCCACUGUUCCCCGCCUCUCGACGCAAGCCACUACCAUUGCUAUUGGCCGCCCCAGCGCGCAGCUCGACCCCACGUUCCCCGAGCGCCGCAAGUCUUUCCUCAUUCCCAGCCGCCCACCUCCCCCACCUCCAAUUGCGAUUACGCGCUGUUCGGCGGCGACGAUGGAGCGUGAAACGGAAGAGCUGCUUGCUCAGCUUGCAAGUGCCGCCUUGAACAGCGGCUUCCUAGGCACUGGCCUAAGCCCGCCACGCCCUGGCCGUCUCUCGCCUACUUGCUCAGUCCCCUCCUCGCCGAGCAGCGCAUUCGUCGUGCGACCCCUCUCUCGCGCCCGUCCGCUUCCCCGCAUGUCGCUACCAGCCGACGUGCUCGACUACUCUGACGAGACGCCAUAUACUCCUGGGGCGACCGCAGAGCUCGAAGUCGAGCUCCUUCCCGAGGCGGACCUAGAACCCGAGCCGAGUACCCCGCAGCUUUGGCCGGCCUCGCCGGUGAGCGCAAGUGUCUACUCGCAACCGAGCAUGAGUGCUGGCUCCCCGCCACUGUCCCCCGCCUCCUCUUACUCCUUCUCGAUCGAGGUUCCUGGGUCUGCCCUCGCCGCCGACUCGGUCCCCGAGCGUGUGCUGCGCUCGCGCUGGUCGUCCUCCACGCUCGGAUCGCAGUUCGAGCGCGAGAACGCGUCGGCAUCGUGGAUGGCGCGCUUCCACCUCUCGCCGUCGAAGCGCGGUAAGGGAAAAUCACCUGCACCCACGCCCACAUCUCCCUCGAAGCGGACGUCGAAGUCGCCGCUGAAACGAUCGUUCGAGCUCGAACGCCUCGAGCGGCGCGACAGCCGUAGCUCGCGGAUGAGUGAUACGCACAGCGACAGCGGUGACAGCACCGCUAGCUCGGGGCUGCGGCGCAAGCCGAUCCCUGUCGAGAUGUUCAUCCGCGCAUGA